CCAUUCUCUUGGGGGCCGCGGCCCAGGGGAUCUCCCCCACCAAGAUAACAGAGGAGGACGGUCAAUCCAUGGCUAAGGUUCGCGACUGGUUCAGCUGGAACCUGGGAAGCUGUGACAAGCCACAGGUUCAGCUCCCCCAACAACCCAGUGAGGAACCAGUGACUCCUGUCGACAUCAUCACAGAUGAGAUGCCAAGUGAUGCUGCCUCUAAGAAGCCAUCUAGUCGUGUGUCUCCAAAGCCUCGGCGAGGGCUCCUAGGGAUAUUUAGUAGAUGGGAAGCAAGAGAAGAGAAAAUCCUUGAGCCGCAAAGCCCAGUUAAAGAGGAGGUGGUUCUCUGUGAACAGAAAGAGCUUGACGACACCAACCUGAACUUCGUCUUCUGCCAGUCCACUGUGAAUACUUAUUCUGACCAGCAGCAAGAUCUGCAUAAAUGUGCUACUGACAAACAGUCAGCUAAAAAUGAGAAGACACCGGAGGUUAGAGAACUAGUGCUUAAAAAAGAAAUAGAUCAAACUCAACAGGAGCCACAGGGGAGUGCAUGUGGAGUAGAUGCGUUACCAGAUAAACUCUCCAACUUGAAAUCAUUUUGGGAAAGAGAAAUUGGCCCUAAAAUACUGCUCAGUAAACUAAGCACUGAUACAAUGAGGUGUGAAGUACUUGUCAGUGCUGGGGAUACUUGUGACCAAAAAAUGCAUGAUUUUGGUAAAGAUUUUGCCAAGGCUGAGACUGUUGAAGCAUCAUCAUCUUUUCAAAAUAUUCAGCUUCACCUCGACACUAGUGUCAUGAGAAAGUCCAAUAUCUUUGGAGCAAAAAGCAAUGAUAGUAAUGACUCACAUAUGCUGAUUAACCAUCCCUUCUCCCAAAAGGUGGAAACCUCAGAGCAGUGUAACAUAGACCACAGUGCUGCUCUGUCAUAUGACGAAAAGUCCUCAUCUUCCGUUGAAAGUAACUACAUGUUAAAAACAUCAGGUGACAAUGGUACAUUCAGGGAUAAAUCCAUCCUUAUCUCUGAAGAUAAUUCCAGUUCAUCUGUGGGCUUGACAGUGCCUUCUCAGACAGUCCAGCCAGAUGAGAAGGUGGACAUUCCUUUACAUGUCUCUCCAUCCAGUCCCCGCACAAGCCGGCAGGGGCGUGUCCCAGUGCCCCUUGUUAGACGUUCUCUCAGUCAACAGGAAAGCAGGAAGGCCAAGAUCAAUAACCUCAAGUCCUUCUGGGAGAAGGAGAAUAGUGGACCAAGGGUCAUUGUUGGCAAACCAAAGGAGGCUUUAGAUAGUCAAACCCAUCCGUUUUCAGGAACACCUCCAGUCCACCACUCAAUUGCCACUUCUCAGUCUAGUCUAAGAACAAUUGAAACUGACCUAGGGAAGGGUGACUGUGACAAGCAAAGCUCUUCCUUAUACGGGGUUAAGGCCAGCGCCUCCGACUUGUCCAUGGCUGAAAGAAUAGAAAAGGGUUUCAUCAAGUGGAGUUCAAACUCAUCACUACCGAGUAGUCACUGUAGUGUUGGCGAUGUUGAUUCUAUAAAUCAGCAAGAUUCAUAUAAGAUGGAAACAGGGCCAACCCUGAAUCAAGAAAUACCCUUAAGUCCUAAAACACCUCUGCCUAGAUCUGAAAUUCCAAAGUGGAAAGACAAAACUGACGAUGAACUUAAGAGAAGUCCUAUAAAGACCUGUCAUCCAAAAGCCCUGCCCAGAGGUUCAUCCAGUUUCCAAGGAGCCAGGCGUGAUAGUUCUCCAUUUAAAUCCUUCUCCAUAGACAUUGCCUCACCCACAAGGGAGCAUCAGGAUGAUCCAGAGAGAGCAACACCAGUGGUUAAACAGAGAAAAGGACUCUCACAUGAAGCAAUGCAGUCAGGAUCAGAGUCCACCAAACAUACCCUAGGAAUCACGUCUACCUCUCCACAGUUUAGAUCUGAAGAGAAGGGGCAGGAUCGCCUGACCUUUCCACGUAGAGGCUCGGCACAGAGUUCACUAACUUCUAUGAUGUCCCCGCUAUCACCUACUAGGUCGCUCCCUUGCCCCUUCAGAAGGACCAGUUUAGGGAACCUAAGUGUACAGGAGGGCAGUCCUCACUGGUCCUCUAGGCCAAAUCAUGGGGACCCGCAUAUAAGAAGAGCCUUUGAAGCUGGCAAGAUUGGUCAACAGCCCAUCAAUAGGGAUCCUGGUGAAAGAAAGCUUUCAGGAGCAUCUGAAGUCUCUGAAACAUAUCUCCGCCUUGCAAGAUCUUUCAUUCCCCAGAGCAACCAACAUUAUUUGGGGCUCCCUGAGCAGACACACAUCCCUCAGUUUAUCUCAGAUAAAGUUGGGAAUGACCAUCUGAGUCCCACUGUCCCCACUCCAUUGCUCCUGAGCAUGAGAAGCAGUGAGGGGAGUCCAUCUUGGAUCAGUCCUAGGUCCAUGGAGAAUGUCGACAGUCGUGUAUCCAGAGGAAGCAUGCCUGAGAUCUGGUCUCAAUCUCGGGCAAGUUCAAGCUAUCAUGGUGAGAACUCAAGCCCUAUCAGGUUAGAGUUUAAACAAAUGUCUUCAAGACCCUUAUCCAGAAGUCUGGAGGACGUUUUAUCACCACCAAAACGAGAAGAGAGAAGUAUAAUUGACCAAAGAAGUGAAUUGAAUCUAAAUGUGGAUGAUGUCUCUGCAGUGCCUCCCUCCUCCCUCCUUCCUCUCCAUCUCCCUCCUCCCUCCUCCCUUUCAGUCCCGGAGCAGAUGAAGAAUAUGAGCAAGUCGGUGUCUGUUAUGCAGGAUGAGAAGGAUGGCAGAGACAGUGACAGCACCUCAGUGGAAAGUCUCAACUUCAGCUGGAAAAAGCGGAUGAGCAGUUCCCUCACUAACCUUAGCCUCUCCUCUGGCAUGGCGUCCAUGUCCUCUGUGAGCGGCAGUGUGGCAAGCAUCUACAGUGGAGUAGAUGGGGAUGUGGAAGUGAAGGGAACAAUCCGGUUUGCCAUGAAUUAUGUCCAGAAGCUCGGGGAGUUCCACAUCUUUGUUGUCCACUGCAGAGAUCUUGCCGUGGCAGAACCCAAGAAGAACCGUUCUGAUCCAUAUGUGAAAUGUUACCUCUUACCGGACAAAGCGAAGAUGGGAAAGAGAAAAGCCAGUGUGAAAAAGAAGACCUUGAACCCCACUUACAAUGAGAUCCUUAGGUUUAAAGUUACCAUGGAGACCCUCAAGACUCAAGCACUUAAUGUCUCCGUGUGGCACAAUGACAACUUUGGACGGAACAGCUUCCUUGGCGAGGUGGACUUGGAUUUGUCUGAAUGGGACUUUAGCAACACGCAGAUGAAUGAUUAUGCUUUGAAAGCAAGGAUCUCGACACAGUCUCUCAGUCCCUCUCACUCCCAAUCUAUUGACCAUAGAGGAGAGAUGAGAAUAGGAUUGCGUUUUCUGCCACAGAUCUCCUACAGUAAGAGGUCAUCCAAAACUGAGACGGGUGAGGUGCAGAUUUGGGUGAAAGACUGCAAGAACCUGCCUGCUAUCAGGGGUGCGAUCAUUGACCCCUUCGUGAAAUGCACCGUGCUUCCAGACACGAGCAGGAAAAGCCGACAGAAGACUCGGGUGGUGAAGAAGACGGCCAACCCCAUGUUCAAUCACACCAUGGUCUAUGAUGGCUUUCGGCCGGACGACCUACGAGAGGCCUGCGUUGAAGUCACAGUGUGGGAUCACGACCGGCUCACUAACCAUUUCAUUGGGGGCUUAAGACUGAGCCUUGGAACAGGUAAAAGUUAUGGGUUAGAGGUGGAUUGGAUGGAUUCAACCUCUGAAGAAGCAAGUUUAUGGGAGAGAAUGAUGCAUUCUCACAAUGAAUGGGUUGAGGAUAUUAUACCCUUGAGAAUGUUGAUAAUGGCAAGAGGUGUAUCAAAAUAAGAUGGUGUAUGAAAAGUUGGAUGACAAAAUGAGAAGAAAGUUGCUCAUUGGGUGUAUCAGUUUGAUGAAACUUAUAACCGAUAAUGUAAUCAGUAAUAUAAUCUCUCACUUUUUUAGGAGAAAGACCAUACAGGCACAUUGGAGUAUUGUGCUUAGAUUCUUCUUAGAAUUACAUGUAUUUUAUUUUUUGAAAGAUUAACAUUUUACAUAAUCAUGCUUGUUGUCAUACAGAUCAAAUACAUACUCAGAAAUUGUUAAGAUAUAAAUAGGUUGUUUUAAUUGAUUCAUUCCAAUGCAUAUUUAUCGCUAUUUGUAUAUAUUCCUAUAUAAGUUUUCAGAAUGUUAUUCCAUGGUAAAUUAACUGAAGAAAAUGUUUCCACUAUUGAUACAACAGCAUAUAUAAUCAGAAAUGUGGUGUUAUGUUAUCAUUGUUGUCUUUGUAAAAUACAUGUAUUCACAUUACUCAAUAUAGUAACAGCAUAUAUUUUUCAUCAUAGUUAAUGUUUCCACUAAUUCAGGCACCCCAACAAUAAAUACAAUAUCACAUGUUGAAAAAUAAAA